AUGUUCAAGGGUUUUGCUGUUCUGACGACCAUGUUGAUCGUGGCACGCUGUGAAGACGGUGGCAGUAGUGCUGAAGCACUCCGUGAAAGUGAUGCCAAAAAUUACCACUUGAUGGACUUCUUGCAGAGGGAAGUUGGAAAAAGUGACAGCUACACGUACAAUCCCAAUUUGGCAGAUGGGGCCCGUGCAUAUCUCGAUUGUCGUGAUUCUGAGAACUGCUUAGUGGUUCCACCGAAAAUGGUGCGAGUUUCUGGUAUCUACAGAGUAAAUGGAAGUCCGCAGACUGUCAUUGGAAGCGUCAUAGAAUACUGGAGGAAUUCACAGGAAAGCUCACAUAACGAAGAAUCGCUUCAGAAUAAAAAGGCAGAAGUGAGUUGCUGA